GGUAACUGGAUAAAUUUGGAGGGGACAAGAUGAAAAACAUACUUGGCUCGUCAACCUCUGAUGUAUUAAUGUCAUCUCAGUGUCCCCAUGUGAAAGUAAAAGUAACUUUCUGCCUUGACUUCAGGUGAGACUAUGCACGGAUUGCCAUGAGGGCUCUGUGUCGUACAUCCUUCCAGCUAUGGCACAAUCAAGUCACAAGGCAGAGCUCUGUGUCUGAGCAUCAUGGGGUGCCUGGAAUGAACGUCUUUGCAUCACCUACACACAGGAGAUAAAGCCUCAAGUCUAUGCUGAGAUGCUGCACAGUGUGUUGUGGUGUUCGGGGCGGUGGAUCUCCCAGAGAGAAGAGCUUCUUGCCGACCUCUCAGUGGUAUUCAGAGGCAGUGAUCCAGAUGGCCAGAGCAAUACGGCGCAUAGAGCCGUGGAAGAUCGCAGUCAUUGUUGUGUCGGUGAUAGUAGGCUUAGCCCUUAUCAUUGGCUUGAUUACAUUUCUUUUGUGCCACGAUCAAGACAGAUAUUACAAUGCAUCUUUCCUAAUCACCAAUGUCGACUACAAUCCUCAGUAUGAAAGGCAAACUACAGAUGAGUUCAGGAACCUAAGUGAAGAUAUUGAAACCAUGAUCUAUGAAAUAUUCAGGGGCUCCUUUCUAAGUAGAAGAUACAUCAGGUCCCACGUGGUCAGUCUACGCCCAGAUCCUGUUGGAGUGCUUGCAUCUGUUGUUCUGGUAUUUAAAUUUCCCUCUGCUGACAGUGAAGCAACGACCUGGGGUCAAGUCAACCGUGUGUUACUCAGAAGGCUGAAAGCAACCUCGACGUACCUGGAUGUUGACCAGUCUACCAUUAGACUCACAGAGUUGAACAAGGAAAAGGGAGACAACCUUUUAAACAACUGCUGUGGAAUACGAAGACAGGCGUUCUCCUUCACAGGAGUGGAAAGAAUAACAGGUGGGCAGCGUGCACGGGAGGGAGAAUGGCCAUGGCAGGCGAGUAUUCAGCUCGACGGGACCCAUCGCUGUGGUGCAUCAAUCAUCAGUAACACCUGGCUGGUGACGGCAGCCCACUGCUUUAGAGGAGUAAGAGAUCCUCGGAGGUGGACUGCCAGCUUUGGAAUUCUGCUGAGACCUCCAAAACAGAAAAAAUUUGUCCGGAGAAUUAUUGUUCACGAGGGAUACGGCGACCAUUUCCUUGAUCAUGAAUAUGACGUGGCUGUUGUGGAACUUGCCUCUGCUAUUGAGUUCACAAGUGAUGUGCACAGUGUCUGCCUUCCUGAAGCAUCUCACAUUUUCCCAGACAACACUUCCUGUUUUGUCACUGGCUGGGGAGCUUUGGAGAAUGAUGGCAAUAGUGUUAAUCAGCUUCGACAAGCAGAAGUGAGAAUUAUAAGUACUGAGGUUUGUAAUAGGCGACGAGUGUACGGUGGAGCGAUCACACCUGGAAUGUUGUGUGCUGGAUACUUGGAGGGGCAGGUGGAUGCUUGCCAGGGUGACUCUGGUGGGCCCCUGGUGCAUGCGAAUUCCAGAGGAAUCUGGUAUCUUGUGGGAAUAGUGAGCUGGGGAGAUGAAUGUGGCAAGCCAAAUAAACCAGGAGUAUACACACGAGUGACUUACUAUCGAAACUGGAUCCACUCCAAAACGGGCAUCUGAAACCUGGAGCAAGUUAAGUUUUGUGGGCUGUGUACAGCUAUUCCUCUGACACAUCCUGCUCUGUGGUCACCCUCUAAGCAGCCGCUGGCUUAGCUUGUGGUCAUAUAUGAAGUACCUGUAAGCUUGGAGCAGUCUCGGACUUGAAACUGGUUUGGCCUACAGCCAGACAGGAAUAGACUUGAUCCAUGUGCCAUUUGUUUGUUCAGGAAGUAGUCUGUCAGAGGCACAACUGCCUUUGUCUAUAUGCAAUAUAUUGACCUUUUUUUCUCGAUGGCCACAUGUCUUGGCCCCAGCUUUUAUACCCAAGCCAAGUGUUUGAACCCAAACAAUCAUCAACCAGCCUCCAAGACAAGCUAUAACUGAAACCUGGCCCAUUCAUUUGCUGUGUGCUCACAAGGCACUAUCUAUCCACAGACAAGCUACAAUCCAGACCCUGACUCCAAAGGCUGCUGUACUUCUGAAUUCUUGACCUUUGUCCUGCAUCAUUCCAGGAACUGCACUAUAAUGAAGAAUGGAAGAUGGCUCACAGAAGUCCUGGUUCCCAAUAUCACAUUGGACUAUUACUUAAGUGAAUAGAGAACUUUUCCUUGCCUGAGAAAGAAAUUAGUGGGGAACACCAGCUUGUGUCCACUUUCUUUGAACAAGUGAAUGUAUGCCUGCUGAUACAAACAGUGUCUACCACAGCAUUUG